AUGAAUAAGACAAAAGGCACUUUCCAAAAAAAACUAACAACUCAAGAAUAUCCUGUAAAAAAAGAAGCGAAAUGCAUAACGAAAAAUAAAAACAUUAAUAAUAGUAAUAGUGGAAAACAUAACAGCACAGUGUUCCAAUUAAAUAAAAAUGAAGGGCGGAUAAAAGAAGAAGAUAAUAUAGUUAGCAAAAUAAAAGAACUAAAUCUACAUUUAUUACAAAAUGAAGAUGAAAUAAAUAAUAUGAGACAGGAAAAUGAAACAUUAUCCUCACAAAUUAUUAAUUUUUCUAACAAAUGCAAAGAACUACAAUUCAUAUGUACAGAAAAAGAAAACGAAAAUAAUCGGCUAAAAGAAAACAAUCAAAUGUUAGUACAUGAAUUAAAUAGAAUUAAAACAGAAAAUGAAAAAAUAGAACAACAAAAUAAACAUUUUGUAAAUAUAGACAAGAGUAAAAAUAUUGAAAUAACUAAUUUGAAAAAAGAUAUUUUUAUUUUAAAAAAUGAACUAAAUGAAAAAAAUAAUGAAAUAAAUAAUUUAAAUGAGAAUAUCAAAUUAUUGAAUGAAAAAAUUAAUAUUAUAAACGAGGAAAAUAUAAAAAACAAACAAGAUGUAAAUAAUAAUAUAAAGAAGCAAGAUAAAAUAAAUGAGAAUGUAAAUGAAAAAGAAUCUCAAAUACAAUCAUUACAAGAUAAGGUACAAAAAUUAAACAAAAUUAUUAAAGACAAAAAUGAUGAUAAUGAUAAAUGUAAAAAAAAAUUAUCGCAGCAAAAUGAUAAACUUAUUCAUCUAAAUAAUAAAAUACAAAAUCUAGAAAAAAAACAAGCAGAUGACAUAGAAAAAAUUAAAAAGUAUACAGAAAGCAUUAAACUUAUAAAAAAAAAAUAUAACAAUAAUAAACGACAAGAGCAAGCAGAGGGAAACAAAAUGGUUGAUCACAAAAAGCAACAGGAGGAUGCUAUAUUUAAUUCACAGUUUUAUAAUGUAAAUAAAAAAAAUAAAGACAAAAAAAUUAACCAAGUUACAAAUAUUCAAAGUCAUCAAAAUAGUUUUCUAACAAAAUCAAAAUACAUAAACAAAGAGAAAAGCAAUAUAAGCAGUACUAGUAGUAGCAGUAGUAAUGACAGUGAUGAUAACGAAAUUCAGAGCACUCAAAUUGUUAGUUUCUCCGAAAAGUAUAAUGUAAAUAAAAAUAUGAGGAAAGGAAAAGAUACAAACAAAAUAUAA